AGAAGGAGGCAGCAGAGAGCAGACUCCCCUGGACCCAGCUGUGUCUCCAUGAAGAGUGACCGCUCUAUGGAUAUACCUGCUAACUUUAAAGAUGGACGCCCCUCCAGAGAGGAGAGAAGGAGGCAGCAGAGAGCAGACUCCCCUGGACCCAGCUGUGUCUCCAUGAAGAGUGACUGCUCUAUGGAUAUACCUGCUAACUUUAAAGAUGGACGCCCCUCCAGAGAGGAGAGGUAGGAGUUUCAAACAGACGAUGAAAACAGACCGGUUGGUUGUUAUCAGACUACUGAUACUGAUGUUUACAGGUCAGGAGGAAACAAUAGUGUGUGUGUGUGUGUGUGUGUGUGUGUGUGUGUGUGUGUGUGUGUGUGUGUGUGUGUGUGUGUGUGUGUGUGUGUGUGUGUGUGUGUGUGUGUGUGUGUGUGUGUGUGUGUGUGUGUGUGUGCGUUGAAGCCCAGAGCAGCAGGAGAGAGCAGACUCCCCUGGACCCAGCGAUCAAAUUAAUGAAAUUAAUAUGAAGACGACUUGUAGCAGACUUUACAGGUUUAAUGUUUAAAGGUUCAAUGUAUUUCAAACGGCCCAUUUAUUGAAUCUGUUUGAAUUUAACUUUGGAGGUGAAGUGAUUUGUUGAAAGAAAUGAUCCAUGUAGAAUAACCCAGGUCUGUGUAGAAAUGUAGAAACUGACUGUUCUAUUUUCUAUGUCAGCUAAACGCAUUGUGAAUAAACACUCUAUGCACAGUAUGAAGGGUACUUCAAUGUUUUUAUGUCAACAAAUAAGUGCUUAAAUGACACAAUAACUUUUUCUGCCCCCCCCUUAAAUUUCCAAUCCAAUAAGCUGAGAAAGAUUAUUGAAAUCAAAAGUCAUGAGUUAGUAGUUGAGUAGCCCUGCAAUAAAUGAUCAAAUGAAACGACAUCCACAAAUCCUAACUUGAUGGUUCUUGUUUUUCUGAAGGAGGCAGCAGAGAGCAGACUCCCCUGGACCCAGCUGUGUCUCCAUGAAGAGUGACUGCUCUAUGGAUAUACCUGCUAACUUUAAAGAUGGACGCCCCUCCAGAGAGGAGAGACACCAGGAGAGGUCAAAGGUCACCAGUGCUCAGUCUGUACAGCAGCAUCAAACAGAGCUGAUCAAGAGGGCUGAGGAGAACGCACACGCUUUCCUAGACAAGGAGCUGAAGAAGCUCUGGAGGGAUCUCUUCUCAGAUUACCCACAAUGCUCAGAGGGUCAGAGGGAGGAGGAGGAGUUGGAUGCUAAGAACGAGGAGCAGAGGAGGCGCGCCAUAGAGGGAGUGGUGGACAUCACAAAGCUCUGCCUGAUGGAGAUGAACCAGGAGGAACUGGCCGACACACUGUGGGGCGGAUCUGCUGCUGUUGAGUGCCAACAUAAAAUCAAGUCUCAUUUGAAGAAGAAGUUAAAGUGUGUGUCUGAGGGAAUCGCUAAAGCAGGAAAUCCAACGGGUCUGAAUGACUUCUACACAGAGCUCUUCAUCACAGAGAGAGGCAGUGGAGAGGUUAACAAAGAGCAUGAGGUCAGACUGAUUGAAACAGCUUCCAGGAAACCAGCCAAGGAAGAAACACCAAUCAACUGUGAAGACAUCUUUAAACCCUUACCUGGACGAGAUCAACCAAUCAGAACAAUAAUGACAACUGGAGUGGCCGGCAUUGGUAAAACCAUCGUAACACAAAAGUUCACUCUGGACUGGGCUGAAGGCAAAGCCAACCACGACAUACACUUCACAUUUCUCUUAACUUUCAGAGAGCUGAAUUUACUGAAAGAGAGAAAGUAUAGUUUGGUGGAACUUCUUCAUCACUUCUUUAUUGUGACCAAAGAAGCAGGAAUCUGCAGAUAUGAACGGUUCAAAGUUCUCUUCAUCUUGGAUGGUCUGGAUGAGUGUCGACUUCCUCUGGACUUCCAGAACAACCCGAUCUGGACUGAUGUCAAAGAGCCGUCCUCGGUGGACGUGCUGCUGACAAACCUCAUCAGGGGCGACCUGCUUCCCUCCGCUCGCAUCUGGAUAACCACACGCCCUGCGGCAGCCAAUCGGAUCCCUGCUGAGUGUGUUGACAUGGUGACAGAGGUGAGGGGGUUCACCGACCAACAGAAGGAGAAGUACUUCAGGAAGAGAUUCACAGAGGAGACAGUGGCCAACGCAAUCAUCUCCCACAUCAAGAAAUCACGAAGCCUCCACAUCAUGUGUCACAUCCCAGUCUUCUGUUGGAUCACUGCUACUGUUCUGGAGGACUUAUUAAAAAAAUCCCAGAUAGGAGAAGAGACACCCAAGACCUUGACUCAGAUGUACAGCCACUUCCUGAGGGUUCAGUCCAUACAGGAGGACAGGAAGCAUCAUGGGAGAACUGGAACUGAUCAACAGUGGACUUCACAGAGCAGGAAGAUCAUUGGUUCUCUGGGAAAACUAGCAUUUAACCAGCUGGAGAAAGGCCAUCUGAUCUUCUACGAGGCAGACCUGGCAAAGUGUAAAAUCGACAUCAAAGCAGCCUCAGUGUACUCAGGAGUGUUCACCCAGAUCUUUAAAGAGGAGUGUGGGCUGUACCAGGACAAGGUGUUCUGCUUUGUCCAUCUGAGCCUCCAGGAGUUUCUGGCUGCCCUUUAUGUCUUUAUGAAAUUCAUCGACACUGGGGUCAAUCUGCUCUCAGGACCACUAAAAUCCCGUGUGUGUGCUAUUUUUCUUAGAAAGGAAGGAAAUGUCAAACUCUACCAGAGUGCUGUGGACAAGGCCUUACAGAGUGAGAACGGACACCUGGACUUGUUCCUCCGCUUCCUCCUGGGCCUCUCUCUGGAGACCAAUCAGAUUGUCCUACGAGGUCUGCUGGGACAGACAGGAACUAGCUCACUGACCAAUAGUAAAACAGUUUCUUACAUCAAGGAGAAAAUAGAUGGAGAUCUAUCUUCAGAGAGAAGCAUCAAUCUGUUCCACUGUCUGAAUGAGCUGAACGACCGUUCUCUAGUGGAGGAGAUCCAACAGUACCUGACAUCAGGAAAACUCUCCAAAGAAUAUCUCUCUCCUGCUCAGUGGUCAACUCUGGUCUUCAUCUUACUGUCGUCAGAAGAGGAGCUGGACGUGUUUGACCUGAAGAAAUACUCUGCUUCAGAGGAGGGUCUUCUGAGGCUGCUGCCAGUGGUCAAAGCCUCCAAAACAUCUCUCCUCAAUGGCUGUGAUCUGUCAGAGAGAUGCUGUGAAGCUCUGGCCUCAGUUCUCAGCUCCAAGUCCUCUAGUCUGAAAAAGCUGGACCUGAGUACCAAUGAUCUGAAGGAUUCAGGAGUGAAGCUGCUCUCUGCUGGACUGGGGAGUCCACACUGUACACUGGAAACUCUCAGCUUGUCUGGCUGCCUGGUCACACAGGAAGGCUGUGCUUCUCUGGCCUCAGCUCUGAGCUCCAACCCCUCCCAUCUGAGAGAGCUGGACUUGAGCUACAAUCACCCAGGAGACUCUGGAGCUGUGCAGCUCUCUGCUGGACUGGAGGAUCCACGCUGGAGACUGGACACUCUCAGUGUGGAGCACGGUGGAGUGUGGAGGCUGAAACCAGCUCUAAAGAAGUAUGCCUGUGACCUCACACUGGACCCCAACACGGCCCACAGAGAACUCUCUCUGUCUGAGGACAACAGGAAGGUGACGCUGGUUGAAGAGGUCCAGUCGUAUCCGGAUCACCCAGACAGAUUUGACUCCCGGCCCCAGGUGUUGGGUAGAGAGGCUCUGACUGGCCGCUGUUACUGGGAGGUAGAGUGGGGAGGAUGGGUUGUUAUAGGAGUGACAUACAGAGGAAUCACAAGGAGAGUAGGGGGUGGUGACAGCGGGCUUGGACAGAACAACAAGUCCUGGAGUCUUUAUUGUCAUGAUGGUGGUUACUCUGUCUGGUACAACGGUAUAGAGACAUACCUCCCUCUCUGCCCCGCUGGCUCCACCAGAGUAGGAGUGUAUCUGGACCGGCCUGCUGGCUCUCUGUCCUUCUACAGAGUGUCCCCAGGUGGAGGAGGGUCCUCAGACACACUGACACGCCUCCACACCUUCUGGUCCUCCUUCACCCAGGAGGACCUCCUCCCGGGGGUGGGGGUCGGGGGGGGGGGGGCGUCUCUGUGUCAGUUAUAGACACACACAGGACCUCCUCCCGGGGGU